UCACGGAGGCGGACUCACCCCGCCGCCGCCUCUCGCGAGAAGAGGCGGGCUCCGCCGGCAGCGGCAUGGGGCUGUGCGGGCGGGGCUGGGCGCGCUGCGGGGGCCUGCGGCUCCUCGGGGGGCCGGGCCCCCUCUGGGCCCUAGCGCUGGGCCGGACCCUUCCCCGAACGGGCCCUACCGGCUGGUGUCCGCGGGGGGAGGCUCGGUACGGCCUCUGGGCUGCGGGCGGGCAGGCGGCGGCCCCACGAGGGGCCCGCGGGGUGCGGAGCUCCAACCCCUUCACCCGCAGGCAGGAGGAGGAAUGGCGGCGCCGGAACCGGUCGGCGCUGGCCUACAUCGCCGCCGCCGCCGUGGGCAUGGUGGGCAUGUCCUACGCGGCCGUGCCGCUCUAUCGCCUCUACUGCCAGGCGACGGGGCUGGGCGGGACGACGGGCGCGGGGCACAGCGCGGAGCAGAUCGAGAGGAUGGAGCCGGUGAGGGACCGCGUCAUCAGGGUCACCUUCAACGCGGACGUGCAUUCCAGCAUCCAGUGGAACUUCAAACCCCAGCAGAGCGAAAUCUACGUGGUACCAGGAGAGACUGCACUGGCUUUUUAUAAAGCGAAAAAUCCUACUGACAAACCAAUAAUUGGAAUCUCUACCUACAAUGUAAUACCCUUUGAAGCAGGACAGUAUUUCAAUAAAAUACAAUGUUUCUGUUUUGAAGAACAGCGGCUAAAUCCUCAAGAGGAAGUGGACAUGCCUGUCUUCUUCUACAUUGAUCCAGAAUUUGCAGAGGAUCCUAAAAUGGCUAAAGUUGAUUUGAUCACCCUCUCUUACACCUUUUUUGAAGCAAAGGAAGGACAGAAGUUACCACUUCCUGGGUAUCAGUAAUGGGCAAUCUCGAGACUAUUUGACUUUUGCUACCGGACUACCAGUUUUGAAACCAUUUUUCAACAGAAGGAAAACUGCAGGAAUACUGUGCCAUAUGAAAUUAUAUUAUUAAACCACAAUGGGUACAUGCUGCUGUUAUGAAAGGAUGUCUUUCUAUUUUUUUAAACAAAAAGUUACAUAGUUGUAAUAUUAUUUCUUAGGGAUAUUUUUUUCUUCAUCAGACAAUAGAAGGGAACACACUUCCUGGAAGAGAGGGUUUUCUCAAGCCAUCUUUUUAAAAGAUGGUACAUGUUAUCUAAAUACUGUGAGGCCAGUUUUUAAACCCAAAUGUAAAUUGAGAUCUUCAUUUAAAUACAGAGAACAGAUCAGUUUAUUAAGCAUCUAAAAUUGCAUUGCUGGCUCUGAAGAGUAACUUCUGUGUAAGUUACUAUAUAAAAGGGUAAAAACAGGUAAUCAGUUCAUGAAAUCUCAAAACUAAACAAAGUUAGACUGUAUUGCUGUGUAACCCUCCCACGGCACAGGAGGAUACGAUGAUUAAGAUGAUGCACCUUCUCGAAUUAUUACUGAAUCAGUAGUUCAUUUGGUAAGAGCGCACUGCUCUAAAACUGUUAUCAUUUGAAUGAGGAACAGUAAUUUAAAUGGAAGCACGUCAAAUCUGUGGGAUGGUUUCUAUUUAGAAAAACCACCUUCAAAUUUCCAUGUUGUGUUCAACUCAUUUAAAGUACCUGUAUUGCUAAUGACUGCUCUUUCACUCCGCAGAGGGCCGUACGCCACGCACCUCUACACAGAGACAAGCUUGGCUCAUGUAUGAAAUGCUUUGAAGGGAAAGGCAGUACAUAAACAACUGCUCUAUAUUGCAGGCUAAAUUAAUAGCAUAGGAGUCUCCUCAGAAAGCCAAAGGAAAUCAAGCCCAUUCAGAGGUUAAGUCUGACAAAGCCUGCCCAGCAGCACAGGGGUUGUUAGAGGCACUCUGGGUACUCAUUUACCACCAGAACACGUAAGCCUGUAUUUAUAUAACUUUUCAUCAUUAUCUGUGGGGUAGGGAUAAUAACACUUUAUCACAGCUUUGGAAAUGAGGAGCGAGUUGCAGAGCAAGUUUAAAUGAUCUGCUCAUUUUCAGACAGGAAUUAAUCCCAGCCCAGUUUCUCAUCUACCAGGCCAGUUCUUUCUACCCCUGUCAGCAGAUGAGAUCUAACAAAGACAACACAAAUAGGGUUCAUUUGUUUGGACUCUAAAAAGGUAGUAAGUAUAUCAGAAACAACUUCCAGUUACUUCAGUCUCAAUUAUGUUUGGAUGCAAUAAUUCAGAAAGUGUUUUUUUGAAAAUAAAUGGAUGCCACUUUUAAAAUGCAUUAUUUUACCAGUUCUGUGUGUUCUUUAAAUAGAUUCUGGAUGACAUUCAUGUCAGGUCUUCACUGUGGAUUUAUUAAAGUUUUAAAAUUUUUCAUUC